UUAUGUAUAUUUACUGAUUACUCCGUUACAAUUCACAAUAAUUUUAACAUCACAUGUAGACCUUUAAUAUUUAAACUAAAAUAAAAUAUCCUAGCUUUAAAUAAUAGACAUUUUCAUAAUUAAUAUGUGAAAAUAAAUAAAAAUAAUUGCUAAUUACGUAUCAUCAAAAGUUAUUUUUAUUUUUUUUUAUACUUAAUAAAUCAAUUAAAUGGAUUACGAGUGUAAAUAUAACCACAAAGACGCCACAAUGUAGACAAUAUGGUUUUUUUUUCAUUAUUAUUUAUUUAGCAGCAUACUCAAAUAAUUUUUUAAUGAAUGGGCAGUUGGUAUUUUAAAUUUAUUAAUUAAAUUAGUAAGCAAUUAAUUGAUAAUGGUCAGGAUGGAUUUUAAAAAUUUUUGGAAUAAAUAUUUUGUUUGCCGGGAAAGUUAACCUUUAGUAGCUGAAAAUUUAAACUGAAGAUAAGUUUAAAAAAUUGCAAUGAUGUCAGAAGAUAUGACAGUUGACACAUCAUAUUUAACAUAUGAAAUAAAUGGAUCGCAGUUUGUAUUUCAAACAUCUCCGUCGACACUCGUUGACGUUGGGUCACUCGAUGUAAAUAAUAAAGACGUCAACGUUAAUUUUAUUUCUAAAAAUCAAUUAAAUGAUGUUAAUCAUGUUGACAAUCAUGACGGUGAUGAUUUAGAGCCGGUUAUAAAUAGUAAUGAUGGUGAGGAAGAAUCAAUUCCUAUUGUUUGUGUUGACGGAGUCAUUUAUGCGCUACAGGAUGGACAGCUGCAGGAAUUAGACCUGUCAAGAUUGCAGAGUAAUGGUAACAUUGAUGAUCAAGUGUUUAUGGUACCUAAGGCUGAUAAUCAAUCAAUUGAUUUCAAAGAAGAACCGGAAAUAAAUUUAGAUAAUUAUUCUCUGCAUGAUGGAAUAAACGUUGACGUAAAUAAUCGUAGUGUUGAAGAUGAUUUUAAAUUAGACAGAGAGUAUGGUGAUGACACACUGAAUGCUAAUGAUUUUGUUGAAGUUGUCGCUGCUUUUAAAUGUAAAAUAUGUCCAUUUACUACCCAAGAUCGCGGGCAAUUGUUGAAACACUUUCAGACCGUUCAUGCUAAUCCUGCGUCUCUCAAAGUUGAAGAGGAACCUGGUAAAACUGAUGAUGUUAAAUUGGUUUACAUGUGUGGAGAAUGUUCGAAUUGUUUUCCGUCUAUGGAGAAUUGCCGCGAGCACAUGAUUAAGGAUCAUCAGUUGACUGAUGGCGCAGUUGAUACCGAGCAUGAGAGUGCUAAGCAAGAAAUUAAAAGUUUUGAUGACUUGCUGAGUAAAAAAGUUAAUGGGAAGGUCAGUAGGCAGGUUAAUAAUAAAGUUAACAAAAUUACCACGAGUACGGAUGAUGAGUACACUAAUAAUAAGAAAAAAUUAGAAAUAAAAGAACGUAAUGUUAAGUGUAAUUAUCGGGGAUGUAUUCAUAAGUUCAGUACUGAGGAGCUGAUGCAGAAGCACGCGGUCUGUCAUAUCGAAUCGCAAAAUCCAAAUGUAUUUAAGUGCAACGUAUGUACGGACUUGAUGUUCGCCAAGUGGCGGACGUGUUGCAUGCACUUGUGGAAGAAACACAGCAUUGAUAUUGAUUUGUUGUGCUGCAGCAUCUGCAAAAACUACAAGAGCGUUUCCAGCGUCAAGUUGUUGACGCACAUGCGGGUGCACAGCGAGAAUAGAGACUACGAGUGCCCGGACUGCGGAAAAUGUUUCAAACAGUCGAGUCAGUUGAGAAACCAUCGGGUAAUGCAUCUAGACCGUAAGUCUGUUGAAGUACCGCGUUGGUACACUUCCAAGACCUGCGAAAUGUGCGGCAAGACUUACGCAGACUCAAAAUGUCUGAAGAAUCAUAUGCAAGCAGUUCAUUCCAAGUUGAGACCGUACGUUUGCACUGUCUGCGGACACUCGAGUGCUCGAAAAGCUAUGCUACAAAUGCACUUACGUCAGCACACUGGAGAUAAACCUUUUAAUUGCGACAAAUGUCCUUUCAAAACUGGCGACCAUAAUUCUCUGAGGCGGCAUAUCAUGAGACACACCGGAGUCCGUCCGUAUAAGUGCCCUCACUGUUCUUAUUCUGCUAUUCAGAGCAGCGCUUACAAGAAUCAUUUGCGGGCUAAACAUCCCAAAUUAUCAGGAUUGUUUACUUGUGAAAUUUGUCCUUUUAAAACUGUUAAGAAAGAAAGUUAUAUGGAACAUGUUGGCAAUCAUGAGAAAGGAAUUAUCAAGACGACUAAUCAGAAAAAUGAUGCAAAUAACGUUGAAGUAUUUCCUGGUAAUAUGGCUGCGGCUCAACUAAUUUAUAGUUGUCUAGGCGCGUUUUCAAAAGAAGAAAAAGAAAUUGAAGCAAGUUUGAUGUCAUCGUCGACAUCAGCUGAUGGAACAUCACAAACGAUAACGAUACAAAUACCCUCAACACAUUUAGAAAACACUCUGCCUAUUGGUGAUAACGCUAUUAAAAAUAAUAUAAGUAUAAAUAAUAAUAUUAAUAAUGGUAAUUCGACGAUUGAGCAAGAGGAUGACGAAACAAUGCACUGUUUUUUAAAAAUCCCUCACGAGGAAGAAGAAAAUAUUGAUACUGGCGGUAUCACUAUUCCAGCCGAUCCUGAAGAUAUUGAACCAACGAUUCUAAAUGUUGAAUCUUAAAGUGAUAUUAAUUUUAAUAUAUAAAUAUAAAAAUAUUAUAUUUUAUUUUGAAUAAUGAAAAGAAAAAAAAAAAUUCACUGACUAUUUUAAUUAUUAAAGUAACUAGU